CCAUCAUCCUAUGUGCCAGCAUGCCUUGCAUUGUUGGUGACGGUGCAGGAAACCCAACGUGUCACAAUGCUUUUUUCAUCCAUUGCUCUAAGAUGUGAUUAUUCAACAUCCUCUCAGUCUCAGGAUGUUGUAGUCACUUGGCGUUUCAAGUCAUUUUGCAAAGAUCCCGUCAUGGAGUACUAUUCUUCAUCAUAUACUGCUAUGUUGAGUAUGGGCCAAGAUCCUACCAACGAUUGCCAUGACGACCAACGGACUGUGCGAAUUGUUAUUCAGAAACGGGGACAGAAUGAGCCAACAUUGGGGCACGAAUAUAGACAACGGAAGAUUACUAUUCAGAACAGGGCUGACCUGUGGAUUAGUGAAGUGAUGUGGUGGGAUCAUGGUGUUUACUUCUGUACCGUCGAGGCACCAGGAGAUACUACAGGAGAUUCGGACAAAGAAGUUCGCCUUAUUGUUUUACAUUGGCUUACAGUGAUAUUUAUUAUCAUGGGCAUUUUGCUAUUGUUCAUAUUGAUUAGUAUCUGUUGGUGCCAGUGUUGCCCACAAAGGUGCUGCUGUUAUCUUCGAUGCAUCUGCUGCCCAAAACGUUGUUGUUGCCCAGAGGAAGCUCUUGUAAGGCAUGAACUUGUUAAACAGGCAAAGCAGGGUAUGUUACCAUGGAUGUUUAACAGGCCCAUGUAUGGAGAGGACGAAAGAAAUUCCCAGUUGAACUCCAUCUACAUGAAUGGACUGACACAAAGAGAUUUUUCCACAAAGAACAGUAUACCAUUGACUGUUGUCCCUUACAGUGGUCACCCAAACUCUUCUGUUAAAAUGCUAGACUACAUCGAGAACGAGGUGAAAAACUUGAACCCUGUACAGCCUCUGCAAAAUGGAAUUCGUACAAGUGGAAGUGGGCCUCCCAGUGUGCUUUCAUCACUAAAUGAAAUUGGAGUUAGAGAAAUAGAUCGUCGUGUUAUCCACCUACCUCCAAUAAUGGAGACAGUCCAUGACACUAGUCUUCCUUCAUCACAAAGAACUAGCAACUCCUCUCGGAGAAAUAAUCAAAGAAGGGCUAGAAGUCAUGAGGAUAUUUUGGAUAUGGGGCUCCCCAGAAGUCAAAGGUCCCAGGAAGGAUCAAGGUCCAGUAGGAGCUCUCACGACCGAAGAACUAAUCGAUCUCAAGGGAAUAGGAGAGAUGACUUUGAAGAUGGCCGGCAGAGAGGUCAGUUGCUCCCAAGAAGACAGAAUUUCGAAUAUUAUAGUGAUGAUUCUGAUUAUGAGGACCGGUCGAGACACAGCAGCUCAAACCAGAGGCAUGGCAGAAGAGGUUACGAGGAGAACAGACGACCACAUCGCCGAAGUAAUAGAGAUUAUUCACCUGAAAGAAGAAAUGGGCGCAGAGACCAAAGCUAUUCUCCUCCACCUCGUGGAAGACGACAAGGAUCAUGGAGUUCCCUGGAUGAUUAUGAUAACCGCUCUCGAUAUAACCGGGUGCGGUCGGAUGAUCGAAUGGCAGAAUGGUUGGAUGCCUUGAAGAAGCCAUUUAAGUAUCACGAGAAGCCCCCAAGCUACCAUUCUGUAGAUGGUGGUUCAGAGGAAAGCAGUGCACGAAGAUCCAAUCAUGGACGACAGUCAGAUCGGGGGAGUUCGCGUAGCGGUAGAAGUGUAGUGAUCUGAAGAAAUCUCCACUCAUCAUAUUCUACAAGAUAUCUGCAGGGUGGGUUGUAACAUAAGUGGCAACAUUCCUUUUUAUGCAUAACUUUUCAUCAUGUACAUUUGAACUAAAGUUCCAAUUUUAUGUGGCUUUAAGACAUGGUUGAGACAUGAUUUUGCAACAGAAACUAAUUACAUGGGACAAAAAAAACUUGUCAUUUAUGAUUUUAGAAUACACAAAUUAUGGAGAUGAAGAUUCAUGAUCAAGUGCUAGUUUAAAAUCGUGUCAAUGAUUUUUAAAACAAAACACUUGGUGUGAAAUUCCAGGUUUCCUCCAGCUGUAUCUAGCUCAAACAUGAAGGAUAAAUGUUUUCUAUAGUUGAGGAAAUACACUAGGAGCCCACUACAUUGUGAUCCAUGGAGACUAUAUCACGAGACUGUGUAAGGACAUUAAAAGCACCAAAGCAAUAGACAGAAUAAUGAAGAACUGCAGAUAAAUUGAAGAAAACAGCUUCCUAAACCAGUGUAUCAUCUGAUCUGAUAUAAACAAGAAAAAGCCUUCACUAACAAAAUUAAAUCCAUUCCAUAAAAUACCAAAUACUAUUUCUUCUGGUAACAAAAAUGUGAAUACACAUAUGAUCAAAUGAUUCAAAUUUGCAGAUGGUGAGUUCUAACUCUUACAGCUGACACAAAAAUUGUGUCUAAGAGGGUACAAUCAACAAAAUCGGAAUCCAUUUAUUACACUAAUGGACAUAUAUUGAAGAAAUCUAUCAUUUUCAACUGGGUAUGUUUACUCCUUGCCUCUUCCUUUACUGAUGUAGGAUAUUCUGAAAUUGCAGCAAAUGAUUUCUCAUAUGUUUCCAACCAGCUCAGUCAUUCCCCUAUGUGGUGGAUUACUGUAUGUGAUGGAGACGGAGGUUUGGUCUUGGCAUAAUCAUCAUCAGCUUACUGAACGUCUUGAACAUUUGGAUCUGUUACACUGACUAAUUGUCUGCAUAACUGCACAAGUACACAUGGCUGCGUCCUAAAUAUGAUCACUAUUUAUGCAGAGAAAAACCUGAGUUCAGUAACAAUGGUAACAGUUCCCUGGCUGAGCUGUUGAAUUUGUCACUAGGCUGCCAUUGUAUUAGCUGGUUCUAAAUGUGACUGGAAAUGAAAAAAGUUUGGCACAGUUUUUCAUUCUAUUCAAUUGCUUGUUGGGUAAAAAGAAAUUUAAAAGAAGACUUUGGGAUGCAAGAAGCCACUGUGAUAGUUUUGCCUAAACCAGACUGUGUUGUAAUAGGGCCCCAGUGUAUUAUACUGACUGAGUUUAGCUAUGGACAUUUCAGUUACAUGUACUUUAGAUUGUAAAUCUAGUUUUUAAAAAAAAACUCAUCAGUUUUACAAAGAUGUGUAUUAUAGAAAGCAGCAAAAAAACCUGUCAAAAGAAUUACAAAUGAUUAUGUUACCAGAAUAUUUUGGCGGUCUAACAAGUUGGAACUGUUUCCUAAUUUUGAGUAUGUAUUGGAGUCUUUUAAAGUCUCACAUUCUGCAUAUUAUUUUGUCUCAUUUUAAUACAAUUGAAUUGUACAUUAGAAUAAAUAUUUUUCUCCUUC